AUGUCUUCUUCCGGCAGUCUCCCCCUUACCCCCAUUACCAGCGUUGGCUCGGUCAACUCCCCCUUUGACAAGGUCAUCCCAUCGGCAGACCAUGCGGCCUCUGCGUCCGAGUUUAGCAAAAGAACUUGGCAGCAUCUUGUGGAAAAUGCUUCCUCCAUGUCAUUCAAUCAAAACACGGUCAACCUGAUCAGCGUGGCCAAGUACGGGCCAAAGCUCCCCGACGAAAUGGAGGGGACCACCGAGCUCGCAGGAUAUGCCAAAUGGUAUAAAGCAGCAGGGGACCCCGAGGAAGCCCUCUUCAACGCGAUUCACGGUAUUCGCCAUGGCGUGAGGCGACGAUGGGACUUGAUGAAGCUCAAGGCGACGCUCUGUGAGAUAUCAAAGCACAGCGGCUUCAAGUUUUCAGACAGCGAGUCCAACGGUCUCGCUUUCAUGUUCCUCGCUUGGGCCUAUAUCCUAAGUGCGUUUUUACUCGAGCAGCAGCAGAUACCCAUAGUCUAUGAAGACCCAUACAAGCAAUGGGGCAAUGGAACCUAUGAAGGCGGUGCCUUCUUCAUAGACCUUGGAGACUCUAGCGAUGAAGAAUACCGCUGGUGGUCAUCCCUUGUCCAUCCUGGUCAAGGAUGGAAAGCGGCUUAUUCUUCGCAGCCGGUAUGGGCCGUGACGCUUGGAGACCGGUUCAAGUUUAUUAUCCUGAACGAACGCAACGUGUUGCCGUCGACCAAGGUCAAUCCUCCCUCCAGCCGCGAGGCGCUUGCAUUCCUUUCUCGGUUUGCUGCCAGGUUCAACUUGGAGAACCAGGUGUCGCUCGGACUUGCAAUGGCACUGACCAUUCCACUUCACGAUAACAUGUCCUCAACCAUACAGAUACCAGAGCCGUAUCUUACCAGGAAAGAGGUUGUGUCUAUACCCGCUUCAAUCAUUGACCAAGAGUAUCGCAACCUGUCUUACUACAUUGUUCUCAGCUCCAACCCUACUUUCAUGGCCUCGGCUCUUUGGUCUGUCUUUUGGGAACCUGAAAUCGACUGCAACUUGGCCAGUCCCUGGUGCAACGCAAUCAUUGAUGUUAUCAAGCCCUUGAUUGAUGGACAUCGGCUUGAGACGCUGGGUCAUGUCCUUGCUCAGAGAAGGCCUGGCGUUUCUGCUUUAUGGUAUGGCCUAGUGGCCUGUGGCACUACAGACGUCAUCCAAUCCAUCAUUCCCUACCUUGAGACCUUGCACACUGCGUUGCCCGCAAAACACGUUCCUGAAGUCUCUGUCUGGACAAAGAGUCCUCAGUCAUUCAUGGAUCUUGCCGGAACUGGCCCCUAUUUGCAGGGGAAUCGUAUAUCUCGCGAGGACCUGUGGCGGCUUCGCCACGAGAAUUGGAAUACCUGGAAGGGCGGUGUUCAUUUCCGCCACUUACCAACCACUCCCUUCCGACCCUUUGGCUCUAUUGACGCCGAAGAAGUGGAAGUCAUGGUGCGCCCGCACUUGGAGUGCCCGAGACAUGAAUGGGUCUAUUCGGGCUUCACUUGGACUCUCGACAAUGGAGUUGACUUGACCCAUGAACCACGUGUUCUGACUACCUCAUGGGCCCAGUUUGAGGCUGAGUCGCACAUCAACUUGCCCCCAGCUCGCGGGGGCGAGCCAGACCCCGGCAUGGAUUACACGGCAUCCAAGCAGGCUACCGGCGACAUCUUCCGGUGGGCCGCCACGGAAAUGGAGGAUUCUGGCAAGCACAUCUACUCUCAUCCGUGGGUCAACAUUGACGCACAUCUCGCUCUAGUUGAGCAGGAAAAGCGCAGGCCCAAAGGAGUGGUGCGUAUCUCGGACAUGGACAGAGUCAAGGAGUGGGUUGUCAGCAACGACAACGGUGAGUGA